AUGUCAUUUCCUACAGAAACUCAUAUAGUGACGGAUUCCCUCAUACCGCGAUGGUUAUUGUAUACACUUAUAUCUUCGCUUCUCUGUGUGGGCGGUGGUCUGUGUGUCCCUUUAAUAUCGUGCUUAUUCAAUACAAGGAGCCAAACAAGUUCAAAAUUGGUUAAUUAUGGGUUGUCACUCUCAUCGGGCUCUAUGAUUACUACCGCGCUUUACAAGAUGCUUCCUAGGGAUAGUGAUGAAGAUACGGAGUCUGCGACAGUUUUUUUGGGGAUGCUAAUAGGUAUGGUUACUUCCUUAGGCCUAAACAGUUUAGUCCAUGCUUUUGCGAGCGAAUCAAUGGUUCACUGUGCUCAUGACGCUGGUAGUAUUGAUAGUAGUGAGGGAACUUCUCAUUCACAUCAUGGUGAUGAAUUUACACCUUUGAAUCAUCAAAAACAGCAGGGGCAAGCGCAAGGACAAGGAGCUGGAGCUGGAACUGGAACGAUAGGGUCAAAUGGACAAGCGUUACGCUCUAAACCUUCUUUGAUAGAUUUAUUAUCCACAGUAGAUAAUGGUUCCAUGGGUCGUUGUUCCAAUUUGGACUCAUGUGUUCCCGUCUUAGAUGAAGAAGCUUUUCCCUGUUUACCAGCAUCUCUGAGAACACCUAGAACAGAUGAGGAACAACAGAGUUAUUUAGAAGCUCAAGGUUUGGCAUGUUUGGAAAACCAUGUGGGAUACGAUUUAGAAAAUUUACCGACUUACCGUCGAAAAUUUCACUCACAAAGACACCAUCAAGGUCAUGAUCACUCUACUGCACCUACUGGGUAUGGUUCAUUAGUACAUGAAGAAUCAGUUCAUCACCAUCAUCAUUUAGAAACGCCCUUCUCUAAACUAUUGUCUAUUGGUAUGCAAACAUGCGUGGUGAUUACAUUGCAUAAAUUUCCAGAAGGUUUCAUUCUCUAUUAUACCAAUAGAUCAUCCCAGGUCUCUAAAGAUUUUGGGUUUUCCAUUUUUCUCAGUUUGGCAUUACAUAAUUUCGUGGAAGGUUUUUCCAUGACGUUACCAUUUUAUGCUGCUUUCGAAUCAAAAGCAGUCGCCCUCCUAGUGACUACUAUCUUAGGUGGAUGUUCACAACCGUUGGGAGCUCUCAUUGGUUACUUGGUUUUCAAGAAUAAAAAUAUCGAUCCUAGCUACCAUCCUCACAUGGAUCUAUAUUUGAGCAUCACGGCAGGAUUUCUUCUAAUUAUCGGAUUACAGAUGUUUCAAACCGGUGUUGGUUUCAGUCAAGGUCAUCAUCAUCAUCAAGGUGAAGCUGAAAAGGAACUUAGAGAAAACCAUAGUGUCGGUACAACCUGCUUAAAAUGGUCUGGUGCAGGUGUUCUCUUGGUAUUAGCGAGUGGGUUAUUCAAAUGA